CCCAAAGUCUGGAACAAUAAACAAAAACACCGUGCUUUAUCCACACACAACCAAUAGUCUCCGAAUCAUCGCCGGAUAAAGGAAUCACGUGUCGCUAUGACUCCCCGCUGCCCUCCAAAGGCCCACUAAUGGCAUAGUCACAAAGGUGGCCAAAAAGAGUCAUCGGAAGUGUUUAAGAAUUGUAAUGGCGAGCAAAUUGCCUGAGACGGCGUUAUUGUUGAAAUCUACAACCACAGGUCAUAUAGCUCGUUCAAUUUACUCGGCUCACAUAUCCCGUUCCGCUCGCGAGUUCACAUUCCUCCACGCAUCCCAAACAAGGACCUUCUCCCUUUUUUCUAGAACAACCGAGCCCUUGAAAAAUUUCAUCCUUCAACACCAUCUGGCCUCUACCUCUAGACGUCAAUUCCUAUUCAAUACUCGAAACUUCGCUAGCUCAUCACAUCUUUCUUUUGCAAAGGAAUCAACAAAAGCUGCCAAGAUGGUUAAGGAGGAUGAAUAUAUCCUAACUCUUUCAUGCCCUGAUCGUCCGGGUAUCGUCCACGCCGUCACGGGAUUCCUCACCAAGCAUAAUCUCAAUAUUGUUGAUUCGCAACAAUUUGGUGAUCCGACCAGUCUACGUUUCUUCAUGCGAGUGCAUUUCGCACCAUCCGUCUCUCCUUCUUCAGAAACCGAGAUUAAGAAAUUGAACGUGGAGGAAUUGAAGGGAGCUUUUGAGACGAUCGCUCAAGACAUGAGUAUGGAUUUCCAACUCGAUUCUUUGGCCAAGAAACCUCGUGUUUUAAUCAUGGUGUCCAAAAUCGGUCAUUGUCUUAAUGAUUUACUCUUUCGUCAAAGUAUCUCGCAAUUGGGUAUUGAAGUCCCUCUUAUCGUAUCCAAUCAUCCGGAUUUCGAACCGCUGGCCAACACAUACAAGAUUCCAUUCCAUCAUCUCCCCGUCACUGCCGCCACAAAAGCCGAGCAGGAAUCUAAAAUUUUGGAAUUGGUCAAGGAGAAUAAUAUCGAUUUGAUCGUUCUGGCUCGCUACAUGCAGGUUCUUUCUCCAACGUUGUGCACGGCGAUGAGUGGGAAGAUUAUCAAUAUUCAUCAUUCUUUCCUUCCGUCGUUUAAGGGCGCAAAACCAUAUCAUCAGGCUUAUGAUAGGGGUGUUAAGAUUGUUGGGGCCACAGCACAUUUUGUCACGAGUGAUUUGGAUGAGGGUCCAAUUAUUGAGCAGAAUGUUGUGAGGGUGGGUCAUGGUCUUAGCCCUAAGGAAUUGACGGCUGAGGGAAGUAAUGUGGAGAGUAAUGUUUUGGCAACGGCGGUUAAAUGGGUUACUGAACGGAGGGUUUUAUUAAAUGGUCAUAAGACGGUAGUUUUUAACUAGGUUUUUGGUUGGAUUUGUUGGAUGGGAGGGUGAGAGGAGAGAAGAAGAGCGUGGAUAGAAUGAGGGAGAUGUAAGACAUGGAGUUGAGUGUAUAACUAUAAGGGGGAAAGUGGAGAAGUUAUGCGAAAA